AUGCGAUACAGCGCAAUCUAUUUUAACUUUCUAACUCUUACAAUUAGCAAUUUAUUUCACGUAAUUUCCACGCAGCAGCUAACCCCAAUUAUCGGUGGUAAAUGUGAUGCUAACAGUUCAGAUGUACCUAUUGGUGGGAAAGGAACACAGUUCUUCCUCAGAUGUGAACAAAGCUUACAGUCAGAAAACGGUAAAGGAGUUUGGGUAGUGAAAAGUCGUACUUUAUCAACUACAACAUCUCAAACAACUCCAACAAUACCUGUAAUUACCAUACUACCACUCGAGAACAAGCAAGAAUCGUAUCAGACUCUUAAAUCAAACAAUGAUAUCAUUUGUGUAGAAGAUAAAAGUGCGCAAAGUGGCGAUCCGUGUUCCGUGUCAUCCGUAUGCCUACAACAAGAGCAGGGACAGUUGUCAUCAAAUUACUUGCAGUGUGAUCAAAGUACCAAUCAAUGGAUGAGGAAAUCCUGUUUGGAUGGACGAAUAUUCAGUUUUGAGCACCAAACCUGCAUCACAUCGGACAUAAGCGCAUUCAGGCAAAGUCGCCUUGGAACACGGUAUUACGGACAAUCAGCGCCAAAUCCUUUUGGUGGAAUUGCGUGUUCGUUCACGCAGUGCUCUCAGAAUAACCCGUGCCAUCGCGGUACAUGCAAUAACGGUUAUUGUUGUACUUCCUCCAAUGGCCCUGUCUACACUACUUUAUUACCAUAUCAUCAGCAAUCACUUCAAAUGAAUCAAUUUCCAUUCUCGAUACCUCAUCAAAUGCAACCAGCACAUAAUCCUACAGCUUUUAAUGGAUGCGCAAAUGGCGGAUCACCGGUUGGCACUUGCAUUAAUAUGCGUUGCGCACGUGGAUAUUUCUGCUCGCCGGGUAACAUCUGUUGUCCAUCAAAUGAUUUUGGGACAAUGAUAGGUAGCACUGCUAAUCCGAUGAAAAAUCCAUUUCUUUGUACUGAUGGAACCCAAGCAGCUGGGGCUUGCAUUCUUGGCCAGUGUGGCUCAUCAUUUACAUGCAUGAACGGUUUAUGCUGCAAUGUAACAAAUAACACACCUCGUUGCCUUGAUGGUUCGCCAUCUGUUGGUGCAUGCAUUUCCGGACACUGUGGUGCAGGUUUCGUGUGCACCACAGGGAAUUUAUGCUGUUUAACAAAUACCAUCGCUAAUAUCAUCCCUGGGACAUGUCCAAACAAUGCUGCAUCGAUUGGUACUUGCAUUAAUGGCCUAUGUCCAACUGGUUAUACAUGUAUAAAUGGUCAAUGUUGUCCACAAACCGACAAAACUUUCCGUUGCUCUAAUCUUAAUUAUGCUCUUGGACCAUGCGUUGCUGGCCAAUGUCCAGAUGGUGGUUUUCAAUGCGAUAUGACAAUAAAUUCUUGCUGUCCGGUAACGGAUCCUGUUGGCCCAUGCAUUGAGCCAGGUGACCAAUGUCCAGCAGGUAAUACAUGUUUCAAAGAAGGUUCAACUCCGUUGUGCUACAAAGAAUGUGAUGGUCGUGGGACAGUAUUUGGUCCUCCGGUAGACGGAGUAUGCCCAACCGGAACUACUUUGAUUUUUGGUUCUUGUUGUACCUUAAGAGCGCGAUUGCAUAAUCCAAUACAAUCAUCGUUUUUUUCUGAACGACACGCUGAUUUCUAUUCAUGGCCUACUACUUCCGGAAUGAAAUUAUGUCCGGAUAAUACCGGACCUAUAAGUGCUUGUAUAAAUGGUCAAUGUGGAUACGAUUAUCAAUGCUACAACAAUGUUUGUUGUCUUCCGCAGUACAACAAUGUGAUAUUUCCACUUUCAUUAACAGCAUUGAGGCCAAUAGGUGCUUCAUGUGAAUUUACGCAGCAAUGUGUUAAUUCUAUGGAAGGUUUAUCAAUUUGUGAAUUAGGUAUAUGCAGGUGUUUACCAGGUGCUCAAGUGAAUGGAUUUUAUUGUGUUAAACGUUUCAGUAUACCACUAAACGAUGCAGGGCAAUCGUCCAAGAAUGGUACUUCAGUAGAUGAAUCUGAUGCGGUAGGGACUGGGAGUUAA